AUGAUAAAUGGCUUAAUAAGUAACACAGGUCACUCAGUCAUCUUUACUGUGGAAAACGAGACAAGACACCACAUCAACAUCACCGGUGGCCCCCUGUCUUAUAAAUAUCAAUUCCACGAGAUUCACAUACACUACGGCCUUCACGAUCAAUUCGGAUCCGAGCAUGCAAUCAACGGAUAUUCUUUUCCUGCCGAGAUACAAAUAUUCGGAUUUAAUUCACAACUUUAUUCAAACUUCUCUGAAGCGUUGCACAAAGCACAGGGGAUUGUUUCUAUAUCUCUACUUUUGCAGCUUGGUGAUUUAUCAAAUCCAGAGUUAAGAAUAUUGACUGAAGAGUUAGAGAACAUCAAAUAUGGAGUCUUUCCAACCUUUGUAAACGUAUUUUUUCUGCAAUUAUAAAAUUAGGAUGUCAGUAAUGUAUAUAAUAUUGUCUAAUAUUUAUUAGUAGCUUUUCUCCAGCGGCUUCGCCUGUAUUAUACAUAUAAACCUUCCUGUUGAAUCACUCUAUUAGUAUACAUUGACCACAUAGAAAUCCGUUGUGUAGUGUAAAACAUUUAAGCGUACAGCGGAAGCGAUUUUGUAUUAAUUAUUGUAUGCUUUGUAUACAUUAUUUGAAUAUGUCUCUUGCUUUUUUAUUAGCUGCAUGGGCUGCGACGACUGAUGCAAGGUGACGCAAGACAUCCGAAAGCCCCUCUAGGCAACAACUUUAGGCCACCACAGCCGUUACACCACCGCGCUGUCAGAACCAACAUCGAUUUCGACCUGAGCAAGCCAAAAGCUGGACACAAUACUGAAGAUCUAUUGGUAGACACAUCGGUAGGCAUUCAUUAUUAG